UUCUCCUUGAAACACACAUAGCACAUAUAGACACCUAGGUACACUCGCCCCACACGGCACCAUCUCCAGUACAUUCCUUUCAAACACACGCCCACUCGCACGGUCCACUUCACACAACUUCCUUCUGAUCAUCAUCAUCAUCAUCGACGACCUUCUUGAACUAUCUCUUUCCUGGAUCUCAGCUUGAUAUCUCAACUACCUACGUCCACAAGACAACUGUCAUCGCAACUCGGAUGUGCUCUUGGAUUUGCUCUUAAUCGGACAUCACGAUAGCUAUCCUCGCACACGUCGCACCAAUAACGAGUCGAAGGAUGACCAUCUCCCACCGCCGUCAAUCCCGCCUUCUUCCCUCCUCGACCUCAUCCUUGUCCUCGUCCUCAAAUCCUUCCUCCUCGUCUUCCUCAUCGACCCGCCCUUCACUAUCGUUGACGGUCUGUACGACCCUCCUCACGCUCACCCUCCUCAGUCCGUGCUCGACACCGGUAUUCGCCAGUCCUACCCCUAGUCCGGGGUUGACACCGGGAUCAGGAUUAGGUUCGGGUUUGGGAGCAAGCCCAGCGUCAGGAUCAGGGUCGGGGUUCUUGACGCCGAGUUGGUCAACAUCAUCAUCAUCAUCGUCGUCGUCGACCGCCGGCUCUACUUCGGUCUCGCCGGCGUCUUCUCCGUCUUUACAGACCACCUUCGGGCCGGCAAUACCGGUCGACGAGGUUGAAGUUGGAGAGGAAGUCAAGCUCGUCGGGCUAGGCUACGGGUCAGCACUAGGGUUCGUCUCUACACCAUCAAGUAGCUCAUCAAAGUUGCAUGCUGGAUCGGACAUUCACGUGGAUGUGGACGUAGGGGUCCUCCACCCCGAGCCGAUCAUCUCCAUACCACAAGAGGAAACCGGGGAGGAUUCAGAACGCAACCAGUCCUCCACAUCGACAUUGACCUGGCUAAAAGGACUGAGAUCCUAUUUCUCUCUGUCCGCCCGUUCGGUCCGCCCUCACCUCUCCGGCCUCGCCAUAGAGGAUGAUCUCCUUCAGGACUCAUCACGAACUGACCUGGGUCGGAAUUCGGGUGUGGGUAUGGGAAAGACGGGCAGGCGGAGGGAGGGGGAUGAACAGGAUAUAGCUGGGUUGGGGAAGAGGAGGAGGGGCAAAUUCUUCGGGAGAGCCGAGGGCGGGGAGGGUGAUCAGGCUGAGGCUGGAAGUGGUGCCGGUGUUCCCGAUGGAUCUGGCACCGUAGAGACAAUCACCGCUGCUGAAAUAAAUACCACCGACAACAACAGCAACACGACCACCACCACAGGCUACUUAUCCACCCCCCUUCCCACCGCACCGACUACGGCACUUCCUCUGGCAGAUUCUUUCCCUAUGCCGCUGGACUCUACACUAUCUUAUUCGUUGACGAACAGUUGUGUGGCGUUCCUCACGGAGUUCUUGACUUCGGAGGAGAUGGCCGGGUCAGGUGUGAAAGGGGUUGGGGGUGGGGUUGGGAGUGAGGGUGGGGUUUGUAAGCCGUUCGGAUUGUUGUUGGGGUCGAGUUCCAGUUGGGCGGAUCUCAUACGUCAACCGGACCAGCUCAACCCGGCCCUCUCCCAGAUCUGUCAUCCGGGCUCGACCGCCGAUACGGACGAAUGUUCGGCAUUUUUCGAGAGUAUGGCCAAGGAGAUGGUCAAACCGGGGAAUUGCCGACAAGAGUUGCAACAGGGGAACACGGUAGCUUUAUCCGUCUAUCGAGGCUUCCAGUUUUACGACAUGAUGCAACAAGCGGCUUGUCUGCAGGAUCAGGGGACGGGAGCGUAUUGUUACCUCGAGGCCAUGUCGGCCGAUCGACCGGACGACGCUUAUCUGUGGUCGAUCCCUGGUGGUAAUACCCUACCCUCAACGACAAAACCCACCUGCUCUGCAUGCUCAAAAUCCCUGCUCGACCUCUACGCUACCGCUCCCUCAAUCAAGACCAGCUCCGAUAUCUCUAAAUCGGCUUACGGCCCUAGUUUCGGGGACACGGUCGCCGACGUCUUGUUGCUCUUUACCGAUCGUUGCGGGGCGGGGUUCUUGGACGUCAAGUUGGCCAGCGCCGCGACGAGCGGGGCGACGGGAAAGUUGGGGGUCGGGUUGGGAUCUUUAGUAUUGGGGGUGGUGGUCAGCCUGGUCGCCACGAUGGCAAUGUCGGUCUGAACAAGGGCGCUAUGGACUUUCACUUAUCUCUGCAUCGGAAAUCUUCCAUCACUUUAUUGCUCGGAUUUUUACUUGGUUGUAUGCAUAUUACUAGUUGCCUCACGGUGUGAGCUGCAGGCUCGCCGUUUACCUACACCCGGACUAUAUAAUGUCGUUGCAU